CGUUACCUAAUGGUUAUAUGAAUGAGGCGAAAAAGCUCGGUUUCCACCCCACCACAACUGUACAUGGGGCGAGCUUGAAAAUUUAUUGAUGAAAAUGAAAAUUACAUCUGUCAUUCAUUCAGUUCGCAGAAAACACAAAGAGAGACUAAAGACUUAACCAGAUGGCGUUCUAUCAAAGUUGUGUGUCUCUCUUAUUGCACUUCUGAUUCUAUGUAUCUGUCUCGUUCUACUGUUCCCCGGCAAGAUAAUAAUGCAAUAAAGUGUUGCGUUGCGUAACACCGAGUGUCUGCUUGAAAGUGUACGCGAGAACGUUGAAGCUGAAAUGCAUUGCUGUGCCACAUGCAAUGAACUGCAGCUAGAGGAGACUACACUGUAGGAAGUAAUGAUCACAGCGCAAUUUGUGUGUUUUCUCUUUGAUAAGAACUUAAACAACCAUACGUUUUCACCUUUACUUCACAUUAUGAUAGUAGGACAGAACAAAGCAAGCAAACAAAUAGACACCAAAAAACAUUCGAUUAUAAUAUUGGUAGAAGUUCGAACACUAUGUGUGCGUUUUAAAGUGAUGUAGUAGUCGUGAAUGAAUCAUUAUAAAUAACCACAUAUGGAAAUGAGCACUGAUUGGCUUCAUUGGCUUAGCAUCGUUUUCGGUUUGCGGUAGAUUUUAAUAUUUGUGCGGCAACAAUGAGCAGACGGUAUAUGGUGUCGGAUACCAAGUAGAGUGCGGCUUAUCUAGAAAUGGGGAAACAUUCGAAUAAAUCGUGUCAACCGAAAAAUAAACAUGACCCAAUGCAUACAUUUGUCGCGGGUUGAAAGCUAAUAAACAUUUGAACGUCGUUUUGCUCCUCAUACGCUUCAAUGUUUAAAAUCGAAUGGCCGUUAUUUUGUAGAGUUGUAAAUAAAAUGUUGCCUACCAAGGGAAUCGUUUAAAUUCUAAAUAAUCGUGUUUUCAUGGGUCAGGUAAGCAACAGCGAGUUUUUUGCUAAAGAGUCAUGUGAUUUGCGCUUGACGAACUACAGAGUAUUUGAACUAACGAUUAGCCUGUGCACGCCGGCAGGAUCGACAUACAAAUGACACUAAUGAGUGGAGCUUUUUUGUCGACAAUUUAAAGCUUUCAACAAUGUUCGACAUUCGAUAAGAAAAUCUUAUUGGAAUCUUAUUGGAAUCGUAAACAACAGCUUUCCCCAUUGAACCCUUAUUGACUGAAAUUCAAUUCAAUCGUUAUUUUGUAGUUAAAAAUAUGAUUAUUAAAUAACAGUAACAAAUUUUGAAAACGACGUAUAAUCAAUGCUACACCACAAAUUUUGUCACGCGAAAAUCGAUUUUUUUUCGUAAACCGUGUGUGUGAUGGACGUACUUCGGGCAUGUUGCGCUGGAUAGAGAGCCAGAUCUGCUGUCCAGCGCAUUACGUCCGACGUUAUGUUUCACAUAUUUGAAGAAAAAUCUAUUAUUUCUUUGGAAAAGUUUUUUUUUGAAAUAAGCAGGAGCAUUAAUUUCUAAGAAAUUAGUAGAGUAAUUUUCCAAUUGUUGCACAGCUAAAACUCGUCAAUAGUUGCACACUCCAUGUGUUUCUUAUGGAGUGUGCAACAAUUGGCGAUUUUUCAGCCGUGCAACAAUUGGCGAUUUACCCUAAUUCGUUACAAUUCCGCAUAGGUAGUCGAAGCGACACCAUGUGACGGAAAUGCUUCGUUUCGGAGUAAUUAAUUAUGUCCCGCUAGAUAGCGAUCCUGGCCCCCAGUGCAUUGUGACAGCAGUCGAGUUAUGUCAAACAUUUUCUUUAACCUGGGUUGGAACUAGAUUGGCGGAAAAUGUGUAAACAAACAACGUCAAACAAACUUUAGUACAAGUAAAACCGAAGUCGAGUAGGGGUUGAAACUGUGAUCUCAUCCUCUUCCAACCCAGGUUGGAACUGGAUCAAAAAGAAAAACGGCAUUAAUGAUCCAUUAAAAGGUAUUUACAACACGGAAUACACUCAUUCGAAGACGAUAUUCUGCUUAGAGGAGACACUGAGGAAGAUCAUAAGUAGUAGUCUAAAUACGCGUAUCAGUCAAAAGAUAAACAUUAGAGGGCGAUAUUAAAAUGAACAGUACAAAACUAAUUAAUUAUUAAGAAACUAAACAGUUUAAAUUGCUGCGAAGCCAUAAUUUUCUGUUAUUUGAAAUGUUUCAUGAAAUUGUGAAUGAAAUAAUCAAAGAUUGCCUUGGCGAUCGCGACCUUUAAUCAGAAUAUACUUUAAUAAGUGAUUUACGCUGUCAAGUGAAUCCCCUUAUUAAUUAAUUAAUUGAUGACUUUGUUAGAUAGAGGUCAUUACAAUAAAUAAAUAAGUAAAUUAAACUUCCAACCGUUAAAAAAAUCACCGUUCUAGUUUGCAGUUUUGCAUUGAAUUAACGACAAAAAAAGGAUUGAAUUUCCAGCUAUUGUUAUACUUGCCGUAAUUGUUUCUAAUUAAUUCUGUUAAUUCUAAUCUAAUUUGAUCUUAAAUUAUUUUUUUCAUGUAACUAAUGAUAAUCUUUGAUGUAUUACUUACCUUCACGUUAGUCUAUUGUCGUCACGGUUGAAACGAUAUUUUUUCCUUCAAAUAAAUAUGUGAAACAUAACGCGGACGUAAUCAUUGGACAGCAGAUCUGGCCCUCUAUCCAGCGUGAUAUGUCCGAAGUACGUCCAUUCCACAGUUUACGAAAAAAAAAACGAUUUUCGCGGGACAAAAAAAACAUAUUUUCAACUACAAAAUAACGGUUAAAUUGAAUUUCAGUCAAUUCAAUGGGAAAAGCUGUUGUUUACGAUUCCAAUAAGAUUCCAAUAAGAUUUUCUCAUCGAAUGUCGAACACUGUUGAAAGCUUUAAAUGAUCGACAAAAAAGCUCCACUCGUUAGUGUCAUUCAUAAGUCGACUACGCCUGCGCGCACAGGCUAAUGGGAGAAACGUAAGUAAAACGUCUAUUUUUAUGUGUAUAUACAGGGACAGGAAACAUUUUAAUUUUUAAAAAAUGGUCAACUAGCUGUAACUUUUAGAAAAGUGCAUCAAACAAUUUGAAAUUUUUACUAUAAGUUGAUCAACUAGUUGCCUAUCAAUGGUCUAAAUGGGAAUGUUGUUAUUCUUCAUGAAGUUAACAAGAUUAUACUGCCGUUCUACGCCCGAUUGUACCAUGUUAUAUGGGAAUCGUAUAUAACAUGGGACAAUUAUGCGUAGAACGGCAGUAUAGUAAAAGGCAUAAUUAUCCGAUAGGCGACUUUGAACUUUAAUAUCUCCGGCUAGAUUCAAUGAACCAAAUGAUAUGAAAUUCUGAGCAUACUUGGCUUAUAAAAUGAGCUUUGUAAAACAAUUUUUAGUGGGUAAAUUGAUCUAUUUUUAAAAUGCAUCACAAUAGUUUUUCAAUUUAUUGCCGAUUAUUGUUACUUAUUUACUUAUUAUAUACUUAUUGUAUACUUAUUAUUAUUAUUUACUUAUUGUAUACUUAUUUGUUACUUUCUUUGAAUACAUAUUUAUAUACACGUCAUUUGGAGGAAAGUUAAUCUAUAUAUAUAAAAAUGAGUUCAAAAUUCCUUUGAGGCAACAAAACUCACGAACGGGUGAACCGAUUAGCAUGACUCUUGCACGGUUAGAUUUGUAUUCGUGGCGGCUGUGUUUAUAUGCAGAAAAAGUUACGAAAAUCCUUUGAAAAUUUACGAAAAUUAAGAAAAUACUGAUUUUUGAUGAACCGGGAAGAAAUUUGGCGUGAUCGAAAUGAAAUCAAUCUAGAGUGCGUUGCUGCGAUAAUCUCAACAGUUGUCAAACCACCACAAGACUGGCAAGACAAAGUUUGCCGGGACAGCUAGUUAUCUAUAAUUUCCAACUUGAAUUGUGAACCGAUUCAACUUUGUUCAACUUUGUUUUGGCUUAUUUAGUGUAAUAAUGUAAGCGCUAUAAUUUUGUUUCCAUGUUGAAAUUUUUAAGUUAAGUCAAAAGUUGUUUUUAUUAGUUAUGAACGAUCAAAAUUAAAUUGUAUUUGGUUUAUUGAGUCCGGAGAUAUAACAUUUUAACCCUCUAAUACCCAAUCCCGCCUUUAGACGGGGUAUAGUUUGAGCAUUUUUGUAAUUUUUGUUUCGUGGAAAAUCUUUUUUUUUUAAUAUUUUUGGCUGAUAUUUAGGACUGUUCUUUAUAUCUCAAAAUGGUUUUUGAUGUAUUUUAAAACGUAUUUACAUUUUUUAAAAAUCAUUGAAAAAUUGAUGAUUUAGUCACCUUUUGGAAGUCAUUGUUUAUUUUGUAUUGAAUCGCUACAAUUAACAUAUUUUAAUUUUUCCCAAAUCAUUCUAUCCUUGUUUAAUAGUUUAAUCGAAUACACUCUAAAAUUAUUGUCCUUAAAAUUACACGGAAAAUAAAAUUUUCUGUGAAAAAUAUUUAAAAUAAUAAUAUUUUAACAAUAAUCAUAAAAUCUCAAAAUGUUUUCAUCUCAAAAAAUCCGUUCCCCAAAUUGGCUUCCAGGAAAAAUAUAAAAGUGUGGGGAUGUUCAAAAAUAAAAAUUAGAAAAAUCAAAAACUUAAAUUCACGAAAUCGAGAAUUGAAAAGAAUCAUCUUCCAAAACAUGUUUAAAUCGAUUUUAGAUGGCGAAAAAUGAUAUUUAGAUCAAAAUCAAAAAUUUGGGUAUUAGAGGGUCAAAGUAAGCUAUCCGAUAAUUGUGCUAUAUAUAACUAUAAUCUUUCUAACUUCAUGUAGAAUAUCUAUCUAAUGUGGACCAUUCAUAGACAACUAUAUUAAACUACAUUCGGAGCGGAUAUUCAGCAAGACCACAGACAAACAGACGCAACACUCUUCAAAACGGCUUGGCACAUGCAUUUAACGAAAAAAAAAAACAAAUUUCAUUUGAUUUCCGCGAUCCUUCCACCAGAGGCGCUUGUGUUCGAUAGUUCCAGUUGGAACGUUGUUAUAACGUUCGUUGGACCGUUGAGCCAGAAAUAAGGAGAAAAAGAAGAAGAUAUUCUUGACUUCUUUGAGUAUAGAGUAUCAUCGUACUUACCGCACGAUACACGAAUCCAUUUUGCAUCCAACUGCGAAAUAUAAAUAAUCUAGCAGACCCAAAAUAGCUAGCCAUGUUUUACAAAUUAUCUUUCUUUGACGUUUGACAAUUAUCUUUCAUACAUUGUGUUUCAUUUUGGGACUUUUCAAAUUUUUAUUGUUCCUCGGAUAAAGAAGAUCCUAGAAUCUCCUAGAAAGCAAAUAUCCAAAAGCUUCAUUAGAAGCUUUUGUAUCAAUGCACGUGUGAAACAAUUCAAUCAGCAUUGGGCAUCACGUUGAGAAGUGCCUGAAGGUAUGCUGUUAUGUAUCCAACCUUGUUCAUGAAUGAUUGUCAACCAAAGUUCAUGAAUAACUGUUGCUGGACUCUUAUUCAUGGAAUGAAAAAAACUUUUAGAACAUUCUACAGGAUUGAUACAGCAAUACAUUGCUAUACCAUUCCUUUACAACCAAUAUGGCGGGGCGGGGCAAGAUGGGUCAGUGUCGUUUUCGAGCGCAUUUACUUAUGUUUUGAUUAUGCUAAUAAUUUUGUUAGGUGACCAGCAUGAAUAUACAAAAGUUGAAGGUAUUUAUGGAAAAAAAUAUUAAAUCUCAUUAGAAAUAAAAAAUAAAAUGGUUUUUAGUUAUUUUUCAUAUGCGAUACAUUCCAUAUAAUCUCCAUAUAAAUGACCGCGGGAUAAUUUUGAGCGUAUUUGGAAGCAUUUAAAAGUGAUUUAUGUUUUAUUACAAAACUAUCCCAUAACUCACUCCAAUUAGGCAGAGGAGCGCCUAAAAUGAUAACAUUCAUAAAUUUAUGUUAUGUAUUUUUUUUGAGAAAACAUAGAUUUUCAAGUCAUCUAACAACCACUGAUACCGUUUUUUUUAAUUUUCCAAAUAAGUUAAUAAAAUAUUUACUAGUAGCUCUUGUUUAUUUAGUAUGGAUAUGGAGCAUAUAGAAAUACAGGACAAAUCGUAUAUAUUGCCGUUUUUCGUUGAGAAAAUCUGAACUAAUUAAAAGAUGAUCCAUCGUGCCCCGCACUUUUUUAAGGUCCAAAAUCGGUAUUUUUUCAAAACUGCUCGUUCAAAAUCUUGUUUUGUAUUUUGUAAUCUUUUUAUCGACCUUCAGCAUAGCUAACUAAUGUAUUGAAUACAAAUCAUACUUUUAAAUUAGGUAGGUACGUUAAGUAGUUAUUCUACAAACGUUUUGGGUCACUCACAAAAAAAAAACAUGUAUUUGUUUUGAGUACAUCUUAUCUCUAUCGCUUUAUUUCGGAUUUUGAUUCUUUAUGUCUCAUAAUAACAAUAUAUUGCGUAAGAAACCUUGUUUAUCUAAACUUUAUCUAAAACAACAGCUCUUUAAGAAAGUACUCUGUCUGUAAUUAAAACUUGAGAAACUUUGAUGAUUCGAAUAACAUGUCCACAACAUACAUAGUUACAACGAACGUUAUAGGUCACACAAAAAAUCAAAAUCUGACAAACAACGAUAGAGAUACCUAUGCAUAAUAAAAACAAAUCAUGCUGCUUUUGCGUUUGACGCCAGGCUUUUGCUUUUUCGCACCAUAUUAACCUUUCUUUUGCAUCACGUUGGCUGCAGUCCGCUGACGUAGUGUACGGUUUGGGGUCAAAAAUGACCCUAAUGCCAAACGAGGUUUGAUGCACGGUAACUUGUAAACUGAUUCAUUAUUUUGAAGGAUGCUUCUUUGUUAGGAUAGCCGAUGCGCAUGAGUAAUCAGCAACACCGUGCUGAGGGUGACGGGUUUGAUUCCCAGUCGGUACAGGAACUUUUCUUAAAGGACAUUUCCUUGACUUCUUUGGGCAUGGAGUAUCUUCGUGCCUUCUAUAACAUAAACAUGCAAACUGGUCAUUGGUAGAGGAAUCUCUCAUUGGAAGUACUCAUAGAACACUAAUCUGAGAAGCAGGCUUUGUCUCUGUGGGAACGUUACACCAAGAAAAAGAGAUCUAUCUUUUUUGACCAGUUUCUGAGAAAAAUGCAUUAAUUUUUGGUACGAAGUUUUCAAUUUAAAACUUUGAUACCUAUACAAAUUGCGACUACUUAUAGCUAGGAAGUUUUGCAUUAUUUUUGCAGUCAUGCAUUGGGAGAAGCAUGGGUGAAGUAUGCAUGACAAAUAUUGUCAUGUUUUUGAGGAGUGACGCUAAAAGUAUUCCAUUGUUUCGUCCACCUUAUACGAAAUCUACGGUAUCAAUGUUUUCGCACCACAUGUUGAACAUUACUGCUAGUCAAAAGUAAUCGAACGCUGCAAAGAGCUAAUCAGUGUCUUAUUUCCAUAUCACAUAAAAAAUCAAUAAUAUCUGUGAGGGUAGGUGCAUUUUUACCAUGAGUAUUGUUCAAUUAUAUAUUUAUUCCUGUUUAACACCAUAAUUCGCUCGAAUUGCAUGACUUGCUUCUACACCUAGGCAUAGACAAUUGAUAGCCAAGAAUUUUGUAUAUAUAUACAUGUAUUAUUUAAUCGAUUACUCAAACCAAUGUACCUCUGUAUCACGAAAAAAGGAUAUUCAAAUAAAACUGUGUUCAUCCAUAGAAUUUGGGCGUUUUGAAUAAAUUCCGUUUGCAUCACUAAUCAAUUUCGCUGCAUAUGCAAUUCUGGUAAAAUGGUUCCUUCCACCUCUUUACAUGUUGGUAAUAACUUGCGUCACGCAGAUUAUAGCCGGUUUGCCCUUGAUGAUUGUCGCAGGCGAGCAAUGUGUACAACUAACAACGGUUUUUUUUAUUAGGAAAUUUAAAAAAAAAAUGCAUAUCAACCAGAGAGAGGUUUUAGAUUUCGAUCAACAAUAAUUACCACUGCCACCAGAUGAAAAACUAUCAAGAAAAACAGAUUCAGAAUAAGAAAAUUUCAAUUAAUUUAAUCAGAAUCGCUAAACACGUAUGGUUUAUAUUGAAGCAGCAAUUGAAGUUGAAGGUUUCUGCCAAUUAACAUUCUCAUUCACAGUUAUUUUAGAACGACUAAAAUAUUUGUGAUAAAUAUUGAGAAUGAACAUUCUCCUACUUCUAAAGAGCAGAAACGUUUUUAUUUUUAUAAUUGGCCUAAGAAGAUGAAAGUUAUAAGUCUUAACUUCUAGCAACUUGAAGUAUAGGAAAUAUCUUCCACUACAAUAUAUUUUCAUUAAAAAAACUUGAUUGUUGAAAUGUUACCUGAUUUAAAAAAAAAAGUUUUGUUACACAUUUUCGUUUGUAGACUAUUGUACUGCCACGGCUUCGACAAGGGCAAACGACUCUAAUCCGCUAGGCUUGCGUGCUUUCUCCGGUAGCUAUUCCUUUGCUUUUGUGGUUUUAUCUUAGUUUUGGUCGUGAAUGUGCCUUUUUUAUAUCAGUGUUCCUAGCACACCGACACACCCCGGGUAACAGCAUUUUCUGCAUUGUAUGCAACCGCUUGAUCAAUCAUCAGUGCAAUGCAAAUCAACUGCUGCAGUGCUUUUCGUAUACGCACAUCCGACUCACUCUAACUAUUUCUGUAUCUCUAACAUUUGCACUGUAUAAAAAAACCUCAAAUGUUUCAAGCUGAAACAGCAUAUCAUCUUUAACCUCCAGCGAAUCCUGCCUGCCCUCCCCUGUUCGAUACCACAUUAAACAAUUAUAAUUGCAUUGCAAGACGCCCGAACUUAGCUCAUUUGUAGUUAAAACAGAGUGGGAUUACACCUUUAUAUUUGUAAUGUUGUUUGGCGGUGUUUGGUGUUACGGUAGAUUUCAAUCAUCUUUACAUUUUUACUGCUCGCGGUGACAGACUUUUUAACCAGCGUCGUUGGCUGCCCCCCGCGAUCUCCAGUAACUGAAUGCCGCGUAUCGAUUCGUGAAGCAGAGACCAGGCGACCGUGCAGAAGUGUUGGUGUGAAGCCAACAAGAAGCUCCCUGGCAUCGGACCGACGACGAGGACAGCGCUGGACAGAAGAGCAGGCCCUAGCUGCGGUAUCACCGUUAAUCCGGAAGCAAACAAAGCUUGAACGAUAAAUUGCUGCAGUAUACGCAGCACGCCAAGUUCUCGUAGCGUUGGGACGCUUACAAAAGCCAACAACGUCACAUGCGUCUUGCUUCUGUUUGCACGGUGUUUUUCUCUAUUGUGCAUCCACGGUCGUGCAGGACAACAGGCUCCUUGUAAUUCAACGUCUAUUACGUAUGACUGGGUAGGGCAAGCCUCGAAGAUCGUAUAAGUUUUGCUUUAUGAAUGAACUGUGCCGAAGCGCAAUAAUCAAACUGAGUUGUGAAUCGAAUCGGGUUCAUACGAGUGUGAUCUGUUCUUAAGGCCUCGAUCGGACAAAGUGCUAUGUGAAAACCAACCAAGUAAGACCAUUUUCAAUGUGUGCAAUAAAGACCCGCUGUAUCGUCGAUUGCAAAUAAAAAGACUCAGCUUCGUCGCCAGCGUCAGUGGAGAAAAAUAAACAUUAAAAAAAUCUCAACAGAAGCUUGAAAAAUAAACAAUAAAAAAGAGAGAAAAAAAAGUAUUCAGAUCGUAGAAACCUACGCCAUUCAUUUUCCUCGCUUGGAGGAAAACUGCAGCAGAGAAGAGUGAUUCGGGAUUGCUGUUUGAAUAUAAAUCAGUACCGCAGAGAGUGAAAACAAAGAAGACCAUUGCAUCGUAUUUUCGUGCUGUGUGUAGAGCGAUACUUUCGAAUAGUGCAAAGCAAAACGGAAGGGAUAUAGAAACCGAGAAAUAGCGGUACACAUUCAACGAUGAAUCCGGGCCAUUCUGGAACGUCAAGGCGACCGUACUCACGGGGUGCCGCCCCAAGGAAUCGCUCUCGUAUGCCAUUCUCUCCUCACCAUUCGCAUCAUUCCAAUCGCAACCAUGGCGGCGGCCACAGCCAGUCCUGGUACAACAAGGACAUGGAAAACAGCUUCAACUAUGGUGAUAAUAACGGGAGUAGUCCUAAAGAAUCCUUCACAUACUCACCAAAAUCCCCACCAAUGCAAUUACAUUCCCCUCCAAUCACCAAUCGUCCAAUUUUAAUGCCUUACGGUGCUACUGAUGAUGGUAGUGUUAAUAAUAGAUCUCAACAAAUUCUUAGAGCUGGACCAAGCCAUAAUGACCGGCGAAAUAACAUGAGUAUGCAGGAUAGAAACCGGCAUACUAAUAGUGCAUCGACCUUGGAUCGUCAUUCGAAUCAUUUCGAAGGGCCAUCGAAUUCCAGAGGAUCAGAUUUGCAUCUGGAUGCUAGAUCAGUCCUGUCGAUAGAUUCGAUGCGAAACAGUCGGGAGAAUAACCGAGAACGCUUCAGUCCGCCAUAUCAUCAGGGUAGCAGUUCACAUACGAACAACAACCAAACACCAAGUCCAUCGUACAACUCAGACGGAAGCAAUGGAAUCAAAUCGGAUAGUCCUUCGCGUAAAAGACGUCGUGUAUCCAGAAUGCCUAGUCAAUCUCCGCCGGCCAUUUGGGACCAUCGAAGGUCUCCACGAAACAACAAUAAUCACCACAACAAUCACCAUAAUCAUCAACCGCAACAGCAAUUGCAGCAACCACCCCACAUGAGUCAACAUCAUCAAAGUCAGCACAACCAUUUACACCUGCCUCAGCAUCAAUCCGGCCCGGUACCAUUACAACAAGGCAGUCCACCGUUGCGCAGACCAAGAUUCCGUGAACAACCUCGUCCGUGGGAGCCAAUGCCGCAGGUUUUCCAACAACCGUCACCACCUCAACCACAGCAUCAGCAUCCCUCACUGAUGGUUGACAUCAACCAAGUUCCUGUUAGCCUUCCAUUGGGUCACCACGAGCAACUAUGGACGUAUUCUGCUGGGCCGCAUAUUUCCAUUUGCUCAGGGCACCCAGCCGCACCACAUAUGCCACCUUGCCAGGUCCACGGAGUCUACUCGCAACCCUUUGCUCAAACUUGUAAUAUUGGAGGACAUUUCGGAGCCUUUGCAUCGACCCCAGCAGCGCUUGCUGUACCGCAUCCUCACCCCCAUCCUCAGCCGCAUCAAGCCCACUAUCAGCAUCCUCACUUGGCGCAACAGCGACCCGAUGGACUGUCCCUCGAUGGCUUGGACCAUACCGGUGCUUCACCACUACACGUGUCUCCACUUACCGCCGCACACAUCCAUUCCUCGCCUCAAAUGACCCAGAUCUCACCACCGACGCCAAUUUACAUUUCGACCGAAGGACGCACUGGUCAGUUCGAGCUGCUGCACAGAACAGCCCGCCGCGCCAUCACAGCUCCAAGACGGAACUUCACCCGAUUCCACUGGCCAGCUCCGCCCCCACCGCCUCAUCCUCACGCUCAUCCGGCACAUCGCCAUCCAAGUCUACAGCAUCAGACUCUCGCCCCCCAGCCCACACAAGUUUCCCUCUCAGCUACACCGUCUGCCUACUCAGGCAUCCUGUUGAACUUCCUGGCCAUGUUCCCACUGUCGACGUACGGUCAGCCAGAUUUGAACUCACCGGACUCCAACGAGACGGAGAAUUACGAAGCGCUGCUAAGCUUAGCCGAACGUCUAGGUGAGGCGAAACCACGUGGUCUCGCUCGACCGGAAAUCGAUCAGCUUCCUAGCUACAAAUUCAACGCAGAAACUCAUACAGGGGAUCAAACGUCUUGUGUAGUGUGCAUGUGUGAUUUCGAGGCACGUCAAAUUUUGCGAGUGCUACCGUGCUCACAUGAAUUCCACGCAAAAUGUGUGGAUAAGUGGCUGAGGUCGAACCGUACCUGUCCCAUCUGCCGUGGGAACGCCUCGGAAUAUUUUGAAAGCAGCGAAGAACAAUAAGUCGUUCCAGUGGUGGUGCCAAGGUAGACAAGAACCGCCAACGCUGGUAGUAAUACCUGAAGCUUUACCCUCCGUCUCAAAAACCAUGUAACAACGCCUCUUAACGGCUUUUCUGCUCUAGCGGAUACAAAAGGAUGAUACCGUCGCUUACGUACUAUAACUUGGAUGCAAAAUCUCUUGAUAGUGAAACGAACAUACAAAAAAUGUCAACAACUGCGGCUUAUCUAUCAUUCGAACAGGACAACAAUGAUAGGGUUGCAUUGUAGAGCAAGAUAUAACAAUAUUACGUACACGUAUCCCUCGGUUUGAAUAUUUUUUUGGCUAUUACAUGAGUUAUUCGUAGCAUUUCAAACAAGAAAACUAUCAACAAACACAUAAACAACAAAAUACACGUUAAUCACUGUGGGAAGCAUUCAUACACUCGUAUUUAUGGUUUAUUAACAAAGAAUGUGUUAAAGUUUGACUGGUAAGUUUAACCAUUGGCAUAAAAAGAAUCUAUUAUAUGGAACCAUGGAUAACUUGAACAUUAUUCGGAUACACGUUGAACCGUCAUCGUCUAGCUAGAUGCACCAGCCUCGAAGACAUUCUCAAGUAGGAAUAAAGCAAUUUUUUAAUCCAGUGAACAAGAUUUUUAGAGCGAAGAACUAGAGUUAAAAAGGUUCUAUGAAGUGUAAACGUUUUUCAUCUUUCCUUACUAGUAAUAGAUAAAUUUUAAAUUUUUAUAUAUUUUCAAAAUAUGGUACAGUAAAACAACCACUACAAUUACUCGUAAAACAAACCAUAUGGCGUGAGAAACGAUACAACGCAUACUGUUUAGCUUUACUUCCGUAACCAUUUGGAGUAUAGUCCCGCAUUAAGCGUAAGCAAAAGAAGAGAUCGUUGUAGUUGAAGUGUUAGCAGCCUCUUUUUCGGCAUCUUUUUUGCGUGCAUACUAAAACGAAUAAUUGACAAAAAAGGUCAAAUUCCUUCCAAUUCAAUUUUAUUUCAAUGUUUUCCCAUAAUCCCAAUUUGUAGAAAAGUGUUAUCCAAGAGUGCAGUGCAAAAUUAUGCGUGCUUUUUCUAAGAAUGAAUCAAUUGAGUAAACGACAGCUCUAUUAUAAGUAUAAUAGAAACGUUUAACAAAGUGGUGAACAAAAAUAUAAUAAUAAACAGAAUUAAGAUAACAAUGUUAUAGGAAUUUCCCUUCGUUGAUAUAAUUUAUCUUUCAACCAAAUCUUAACUUUUAGUAGAUUACAAUGGAGUUCUAUCUUUAGAACUUAGACUUUAUCAUUUGCACGAAAUUUUAAUUGCCUAAGUACACAAAAAAGAUGAGAUCGGAUUAUAACACUCGCUUACCUGCAUUCAACAACUAAUGAGUAGUUUGGCAUACUUUUAGCUUCAAACUGAGAAUUUUUGACCAAAAUGUACGUAUAUGAGGUGUGCUAUUUCCCUAUUGUGAUAAAAUUGCUGAAUAUGAAUUAUAUAUGUAUAACCAAAUUUUGUGAUGUUUGAAGGCAGAAGAAGAAAAGAAAUAGUAGUCGUAGUUUUGAACUAUACUUAUCGGUCCAAUACAAUCUCUCGUAGCGUUUCUAAUUACAAACACACGUCUCAUCUAUCCAUCGAACCAAUCCAAUAAAUGACUGAAUCUAUCGAAUAAAACGUUACCGUAAAAUUCUACGGCUUUAAACUUUCCUCUCUUGCGUAGCAUUGAAAACUCUAUUGAUUGUUAGACUGGCAGUGAACAGCACAAGCACAAUACUCGAAUCAAAACCGAUUCGAUAAACAACACCAUAGAAACGUUUUCGAAUUUUGAUCCAGAAAAUAAUUGUCUUCCUAUUAGUCUACUUUCUUUUUCGGCUGUCAACGAUUGUUUUACUCAAUUGCCACACUGUGUCAAACUUCGAAAGCGUAUCCACCGGAAUCGUCUCAACAGCAAUAUCAGAAGAAAAACAUUAAAUAUAAAGUACUCUGUGCCAUUUUGUAUUUUGAUAGUUACAAGUCAAACACUUACCAGCUUGAAAAUGUGAAGCAACAUAACAACUGAAUCAAAACAAGACACAAGUUACGAAUAUUUUCAAAAGUGGUACUGUCCUAAACUGUAGACGAAAUACAUAUAUAAAUGUGAGGUUAAUUUGUCUAGAUUUCUUAUAAGUGGUAAUUCUCUGAAAUAAUACAGGAAUAUAGAUUUCUAUUGUCAACAGAAAUGCUUAUUGGAAACUAACGUAACAGAAAAUAAACAAAAAAAAAUCAGGUAAAAUAAAAUUGCAUAACUUAGAAACGAUUUGGUUUCAUUAAGGGUUAGUACAGUUCUGAAAUAAGAGCAUCGCCAAUCAUGCGCCUCAAUGUCAAUGAGUGCACAGCGUAGUGUUAACGGCGCACGAAAAUGAAUCGGUCCCAAGGCCUUAAGACAAGAAUAGCAUUGAUCCAAAUCGUUCGCAUUACAUAUCAGUAAGUAAACAUUUUUGUUUUUCUUUUAAAACUUUCUGGGUAACUUUGGCCGGCUUUUCCCUUUUUAGUUAUUGUAUAAUCCGUCGAUUUACUGCUGUAGACAAAGAAUCUUAUUAACAUUGCUGUGUUCUGUUUUCUACUUUCUGUAACAAAAAUAAUAUAAGGAACAACGCUAGAUCAAAUGUCAGUGAAGUGUGAAGUACAUUUUUUUUUUCUACAGACAAAUCAUUCCUCAGUUUCCAUCUUGUUUGGUGUACAAUGUGUGUAAAAAUCUUGGUAAACAUUAAAUAUAGUGGGUAUUGGCUAUUGACAGAUAAAACUAUUGGAUAGUGUAUUGUAACAAAUUAUUAAAUCAUUGUUGCUAUAAUUAUUAAUUGAAUUAGUCCAAACAAGGCUCGCCAAGCUGAAAAUGUAACGAAAGUGAUGCUAACACUUCUUUCAUGGAAUUAUUAUUUUUUUCUUCCUGAUGCAAUGCCCCCCAAAUUUGUACACGGUUUAUGCAACCAACACUUCAGAUGCUAAGUAAAUCUGCAUUACGUAAAAAUCCUGAACCAUACCGAGAAUCAAACCAGACACCAGGGAUGGGAACACUCACUUGCGAAGAGUUACACUCACUUGCUGUUUUCUCAGCUCAGAAGCGUGCUAUCAAAAAACGAUGUACAUGUAUAGACGACUUUUGCCUUUUGGUUUCGUCUAAAAGUUUGCCGAACAAAGUAAGGGUCGCACACGCAUAUCGAAGGCGCGAGGGAGCUGCGAAGGCAACUCUCCACGAUGUGAAUGUAAAUUACACUCACCUCGUGGAGAGUCGCUUUCGCAGCACUGUCACGACUUAGGUAUGGGUUUGCGACCCGUACUCUAUUCGACAAACUUUAAGAGAAAACCACAAGCCAAAAGUCGUCCAUACAUCGUUUCUUGAUAGCACGCUUCUGAGCUGAGAAAACAGCAAGUGAAUGUAACUCUUCGCAAGUGAGUGUUCCCAUCCCUGCCAGACACCUUCAGCAAAGUUUCGAUUUGUAGCUACGAAUGUUAUUCCUAUGCUAAGCAAGACUAAUUCCUUGGCAACACUAAACUUUGAGCUGCUUUUCCAAUGUCUGCAUCUGUCGAAUGUUACAUCGAAUGUUAGUGUCUUUUGGCUUCAAUAUUAACCUUACAAAUUGGAUAGUUUUACCUGUCAAUUACCAUCGAAGUGUCAGUAUAAGUUGUAUUAAGAAAUGGUUGUGUCUCUUUUUUUCGAAAUGGUAAAUCAUAUUAACAAUAAAAAUUUGAGAGAUGUGCUUCUUGGACCGGUUUUGUUAACAUAUAAGUUAGUUUUGUUUUCAAAAAUAUUUGUAAGACCCCAGCUAUGUAUGUGAUAUGAGCCUCAAAUCAUUCAUAGAAAAUUUCUUUUAACAUUUUUUUUUUUGGUUACGGUGUUUAGUGUUAGUUAACAUUAACUUUUUGAUUACCAUUACCACUUACAUAAGUGUUUGAGUUAGGUUUUUUUGUGAAGCAUAGGUUCCCAACGACAUUCGAAUAAAACACAUUUCUUUGAAAUGGCGUUUCCGUUUGAAAGUUGAAACGUCAAAAAACAUCAAUGCUACCCUUAUUAGUUAACAUUUCGAAAAUCUUGCGAGAAACUGGUGUUCUUAUUAAGUACAUCUGUUAUUCAGUUUUUGAUUUCGAAAGUGAUUCUAAAAAACAUAUUUAUAGAAUUUUCACAAGCACAGUUUUGAAGAACUAAAUAGUUAAUUACACUUCAAAGUUGAUCGAUUGGUCAUCCAUUCGAUCAAAUUUUCAAUGCAAAGCACGUCAUUAGAUUUUUCAGAUUUGUGCUCUUGAAUUUAUAGUUUGACUUCGGUAUAUAUUCACCUCAAUCUAAAAACACAAUGAGACCCGCUAUAGGGGACCGAAUGUUUGGGAAUCUAUGUGAAGACAGGUUAAAGUUUAUUUUUUCUUUAUUAGCAAAUAGCCCCAGAAUCGCAUGGAUUAAUAUUUAAGUUUUAUUCACGCAUUAGGAAGUUUGUUACCACUAUAAAAAGCAAAAUUGUGAUGGAAACGUUAGAAAUUUUAUAUAAGCUAUGUUUUACCACCUAUCUUCAUUACCACUUGAUCUCUUUUCGUUAGAAAGCAAAUUAUAUCCUUAUUUCUGUGCUAGACAACUAUUUCAUGCGAUUGUAUAUCUUUCUUUAUGUUGGAGUUGUCUGUUAUUUGAUUGUUUUAAAUCUGAUAACUUUUCUUCCAACGUUCUUUGUAACAGUUUAUUAUAAUGUGUAUGCUAGGUUUAGCUUAUUAAGGGUAACAUAGGAAUUUAUAUUUUGCUAAAAACUGACAUACCUAAAAUGAUUUUUGUAUUCGUAAUCCUGCACUUUAACUACAAAAGUAAACUCAUAGUGUGUUAAAAUACUGCUUUCCUGAAACAUUCCACCGCAGCUGACUACGACUUUCCAAACUAAAAUGCUUUAAUCCUUCUGUCAAGCAAGACAAAUUUUAGUGUAAUGGUUUCUAUUACUUGAUGCAUUUCAAUCCUGAAUGUGAUACCAAAAAGUAAAUCAUUAAAUAGUAGCCUAUAAAUAAUAAACCCAUCACUCAGAAUAUGACCGUUCGCAAUAGAAGAGAGCUUGUUGAAACUUAUCCUCGAAGUGAGACGCGGAGUAAGGCAUAUUUUGACAAUUGUGAGUAGUUGGUUUGCCUUGUUUUACAUUGAUACGAGUUUUACUGUAAUCACCAACAAAACUACUGUUUGCCAUUAAUACCGAUAAGAAUCCUUAAUUGUUGUUGUCACUGUACAUACCAACUCUAAGUGUUUUAGCCCAAUAGAAAUUUUCACAAAACAAACAAAAAACUGAUGUAAUCUAAACAAAAACAAAAAAAGACAAUUGAAACGAACAAAAACAACGGAUUGUAUAUAUGCUGAAUCCAAACGCAAUAAGACAUUUUAGAUACUAUUAAUAACGUUUUACAAAAAUAUAAAUGCAACUUCUAGAUGCAAGCAACAAGCAAAAUGAAACAAAAGUAACGACUAUUUUGGGUGUGCCUUUUUAUACAUUGUACAAUUUUGAAUGUGGCCACAUGAUUGUAUUGAAUUGAUUAGUCAUUAACAUCUAGAAACUUUGUACUAUUCCAUGCUCUUACAUCACAUCAACUUGUUUUCAUUCGAUUAUGAUUUGCCUAACCUGUGUAAUGAAGCUGCUAUUUUGUUUUCUCUAAUUAUUAUAUCACACAUCCGUUCAAAUGCAUUAUACAACGUUUAUUGUACACGAUAUACUUCUAUUACUACUAUUAUUCAAUUUAAAAGCAGGCGUGAGCAUAAAACGCAAACAGGUUUAGUGGUGUAACACGCAUGCAUGGUGUUUUUCAUGUUGUAUAGCAGAUCAGUACGAACUAAAAUAAACCCAAUAAAACCAAACAAUAACAAAGAAUUAUCUAGUGAGAAAAUAAUUUUUAUUAUAUUUUAACAGUAUCAACUAUAAUUAUACACAAUAAACGAUUAUUGUAAUAAAAUAAGCUUUUUGUACCAUUUCCUUA